UAGUUACUGCCACUGGUUUUUGGUUGGAUGAUGCUGUUGGGAGUUUCAUUGCCUCACUUCUCAUUCUUAACGAUUCCUUUUGAGUUGAGUUCAGAUACCAGAAAACCGAAGUGAAGGGAGUGAGAGAUGACAGUACUGUCUCCUUCUCUUUCUCUGCCAAAGUUGCAUUCUUCUUUUCUUUGUUGCCCUCUAAAAUCCAAGCUAUCAUCAUCAGCUACAAAUAGAAUUCAACAAAAACCCACUUCUUAUCCACGCAUUAGAGCUUUGGACCUUGAUCAAAACACGGUUGUGGCUAUAAGUGUAGGCCUUGUUAGUGUGGCUGUUGGGAUUGGCAUUCCAGUGUUCUAUGAAACCCAAAUCGAUAAUGCUGCUAAGCGAGACAACACGCAGCCCUGUUUCCCAUGCAAUGGAUCUGGCUCUCAAAAAUGCAGAUUUUGCUUGGGAAGUGGCAAUGUGACAGUUGAACUCGGUGGGGGUGAGAAGGAGGUGUCUCGAUGCAUAAAUUGUGAUGCUGUUGGUUCAUUGACUUGCACAACUUGUCAGGGAUCAGGAAUUCAACCUCGUUACCUUGACCGCAGAGAGUUCAAAGAUGAUGACUGAGGCAAGCUAAGAAUAAGUGGUGCCGAUUUUGUUUCUAAUUGUGAGGAUAUUGUACUCAUGUAAUUUCUUUGAUUUGUGUACACACGUAAUACAAAUAAAACUGUCAAAAUCAUGUUGAUGCUUUCAUUUGGUUUACAUUUUAUUCGGUGAUAUUAGGCCACUCACUUUCGUUGCUUAUGUGUGUAAAAUUUUGACAUUUUCUAGGCAUUAGUUUAUUCAAUUGUUCAAUGUCCCGUGUUGUAAGAAAAUGGACAGGUCUGGUAAAGUUUCAUAAAUUAUUGCGGGUCUAUGCUUAUGUAAAGAACUCAGGAUAGUUCAUCACUUGCGUUAAACAUAUUCUUUUUUUA